CCGCUGCGAGGACCCGUACUUCCGGCUGUGGUUCUGCAAUAGCAGCAGCCGUUAGCUGGAGCCGCUAGCUGGAGCUGCUGCUCGGAGCGGAUCUCACCUCCCGGACUCUCUGAGCGGCUCCUCUGCCCUCUGGAUCCGCCUGAAGCCGCUCCUCCGUUGGUUCCGAGCCGCAGCUGAGCGCUAACACGGGGCUUUGUCGAGCUUCUGGUCCGGUCCUUCCAUUUAGCAUCGAGCUAACAGCUAGCUUCCUGCCGAUGAAAACAUCGCGAGGAAAACUUCGCUGACAGGUGGAUCCAGGUUCCGGGUCGGUCUUGCUGGAACUGGAUCUGAGUCACCUUCAUGAAGUGAACCAGAACCAUGCUGACCUAGGAACGGCUUUGGGAGCACCAGAGUUCUGCAGCCGCCGCCGCCAUGUCGGAGAACCAGGCCAACAACAACAACGUUCCUCUGAACAACAACAUGGGGCCCAACCGGAUCCGGAACCCUAACAUCAACCAGAACCCGCUCAUCAAUGUGCGCGACCGCCUCUUCCACGCCCUCUUCUUCAAGAUGGCCGUCACUUACGCCCGGCUCUUCCCGCCGUCUUUCAGGAGAGUCUUUGAGUUCUUCGUCCUGCUGAAGGCGCUCUUCGUUCUCUUCAUCCUCGCCUACAUCCACAUCGCUUUCUCCCGCUCCCCCAUCAACUGCCUGGAGGCGGUGAGAGAUCGCUGGCCACGCGAUGGCAUCCUGAGGGUGGAGAUCCAGAGGAACUCCAGUCGCGCCGCCGUCUUCCUGCAGCACUACGACUCCGCCGGCCUCCAGGGGGAGCUGCAGGCCGAACCAGGAGGAGCCGCAGUGGCCGGGAUCAGCCUGGGAGACGAGGAAGAAGAGGACGAUGAGAUGACAGUGUUUGAAAACAGCUCAGUGCAGUUUGAACUGGACAUUGAGCCCCGUCUCCAGCCGUCUGUGAUUGGAGGAGGCCCUAGAGGAGGAGCCAAUGACAGCCAGGACGUGUCGUUUAGCCCCGCCUCUAAAGGUAUGCAGCCGCUGCAGGACUCAGUGUCUGAGCUGGAGAUGAUGACCAGAGCAGCUUGUUGUUCACACCCUGCUGUUCUCGUUGUCGUGGUUCCAGUGUGGCCGCAGGACGAGUACAUCGUGGAGUAUUCCCUGGAGUAUGGCUUCCUGCGGCUGUCGCAGAGCACCAGGCAGAGGCUCAACAUCCCCGUCAUGGUCGUCACUCUGGAUCCCACCAAGGACGAGUGCUUCGGAGACGGCUUCAGUCGCUUCCUGCUGGACGAGUUCCUGGGCUACGACGACAUCCUGAUGUCGAGUGUCAAGGCGCUCGCUGAGAACGAGGAGAACAAAGGCUUCCUGAGGAACGUGGUGUCUGGAGAACAUUACCGCUUUGUCAGCAUGUGGAUGGCCAGAACGUCGUACCUGGCUGCCUUCGUCAUCAUGGUCAUAUUUACGCUGUCGGUGUCGAUGCUGCUCAGAUACUCCCACCACCAGAUCUUCGUUUUCAUCGUGGAUCUGCUGCAGAUGCUGGAGAUGAACAUGACCAUCGCUUUCCCAGCAGCCCCUCUGCUCACCGUCAUCCUGGCCCUGGUUGGCAUGGAGGCCAUAAUGUCUGAGUUUUUCAACGACACGACCACGGCUUUCUACAUCAUCCUGAUCGUCUGGCUGGCCGAUCAAUACGAUGCCAUCUGCUGCCACACCAACACCAGCAAACGCCACUGGCUGCGGUUCUUCUACCUGUACCACUUCGCCUUCUAUGCCUACCACUACCGCUUCAACGGUCAGUACAGCAGCCUGGCUCUGGUCACUUCCUGGCUCUUCAUCCAGCACUCGAUGAUCUACUUCUUCCACCACUAUGAGCUCCCUGCCAUAUUGCAGCAGAUCCGGAUUCAAGAGAUGCUGCUCCAGAACCAGCAGGCGGGUCAGAACCAGACGGCUCUGCAGGACAACCUCAACAACAACAAUGCCGCCGCCGCUGGGCCAGAACCCGCCGGGACCGGUCAGUCAGCAGACAGCACCACUGAGCCGCCGCCGGCCGAGCCGCUCCCGUCAUCCUCUGUGGCGGUGGGCGGAACCGGUGAGGUCAGAGCGGAGCUUAACUGGGUCGCUCAGACCGCUGCCGUCAUCACAGAGGCGCUCGGCUCCUCCGUCGACUCGGGAGGAAGUCCGGGGGCGGCGGAGAUCAAUGUUGAGUUCUGGAUGGGAGGGGCAGCAAGUGGCGCUCCUGACGGCUCAUUGGAGGAUAAAGAUCCAGGGGGCGGAGCUGAAGCCUCACCUGAUGAUAGCAGGCACCAAGGGGCGGAGCCUACCGAAAGCCCCGCCUAUCAUACAGACUGCCCCGCUGCUCAGAGCUCAGGUACAGACAGUGACUCACCUGGGCAACAAAGCUCCGCCCCCCUCGGCACGUCGUGAGCUUUCAGGUGAGCUGAUGACAUCAUGGCACCACCUGAAGGCUACGGACCGUCAGCUGAUCACUGAGCUGCACUUUACUCCAAUUAAUCAAUUAAUUAAUUAACUGAUCCAUCAAUUAACCAAUGAAUGAGCUGAUCUGAGGGUAGCCCCGCCCCCACCCGACGCUGAGCAGGGUGACCUGCUUCCAGGUUUGACCAAUAGGUGAGCUGAGGCUCUGACCUUUCUGGACACCCACAGCUCUGACUCUGAGGGAUGAUUGACCCAUUGGGUUCUGGUUCUGACCCGUUCUGUUGGUCUGAAACCCAGAUGGAACUCUGAUUCUCCUUUUAUUUUGUAGAAGAGCAGGAAGCUGCUGAUUGGCUGUUGCUAAUUAAGCUCUGAAUGAGUUCACCUGUUCAGAACCAGAACCUCAUCACCUCCAUGUUCUGAUUGACAUUGAAGGUGGGGCCUGAGUGGGCGGGGCCUGAGUGGGCGGGGCCUGAGUGGGCGGGGCCCGAGUGGUGUCUUCUUGAUACCUGAUAUCUGUUAGGAACCAGUGGAACAGGUGAGGCCUCCUGCAAACGAAUCAGACUCACCUGAAGGUCAAAAAUAAAGAGUUGUGGAACCA